AUGGCGACUGCAGCGGCAGCCCCUACAGUUAUAAAACUGCCACUUGGUAGUAUUCCUCGAUGGGAGGAAGGCGAAGAUGAUGCCAGUCUGAUAGAAGACAAUCGGGGCGAGGACGCUGAGCAGCAAGCCACAAAGACUCUUAAAUCAAUUCCAGAGUAUCAGUGCAGUGUCAUCACCACGGCCAGAAAGCUUGACACACUGCUUUGCAGUCUUGUGCUUCUACAUACUCUGAGACAAUCCCGUUCAAGGUGGAUCAACAACCCUCCUUUAACUAAAUUUUCUGUGCGACAUCGAGGGAAAACCACUAUUGAUAUUCACCAGCCCCCACAUAGUCUUGUCUUUCUGGGAAGAUGUGAUGUAGAGAUAGGACCGCAUGUUUUCCUCGACACGAAGUUCAUGGAGGUGCAGUGGGACAACAUGUACCAACCACUGACUUCUGCGGGCUCAGCGCCUCCGACUCUCUUGCUCAGGACAGACAUCAUCAUCGAGCUUAGGGAGAACUCUGCGGAACGUUUCCUAUUGCCAUUAGACGGUGCCGUGGUUGAGCGAGCUUCUGAGCGCGGUCAAGUGUUCACUUUACUCUCGCUUCUACUGGACAUCCCUCCUGAAUCGACUCCAACUGGUACUCCCAAUGCUAGCACCAAACAGCCAGUCAACAUGAGACUCGCCCAAGGCACUACUUCCAUUUGGGAGGCAUUAGAUAGGCGUAUAAAUGCAACGUCUCCAUCAAAGCGCAGUAAGGCAGAGGAGGACUUCAAGAAGGUGGCGGUCAACAAAUUCCAACGAGUAUUUCCCCCACAUCGUCUUCCGUCCGGAGCCUUGUUUGAUGAAAUCGAGGAGUCUGUUUUAGAUAAAAUAAGGCCUGCUCCGCUGCAGGCUAGAGCGCUGCGAAUAGGACCACCAACUCCUGUUGCCCCGCCAGCCAAGCGUAGGCCACCACCAAAUGCGAACAAAGAGAAAUCAGUGCCCAAGGCUGUUGCUGCGGAGGGAUCUACUAUAAUAGCGACUGAGGGAUCAUCAACAAAGAAAUACGAGAGAAGGACAAAAGUGACAUGUACCGUUUGCAGUAAAGCUAUCGCACGCAAGACGGAUGACGUGUCGAGGGAAGGAUAUAAGCCUAUGUGUCGGCUGUGCGCUUUUGAAGCAAGAAAAGCAGCUCGAGCCUCAGCGAAGGCUUAUGCCGCCUCCGUUGCUGCUUCUCGAGGCCCAACACCAGGCCUCCAAGUGGAAGUAGUUGUCCCACGACCCCCUCACACCACAACACCGGGUCACACAUACAGCUACUAUUCAACAUACCUCCCUCCGCAGCAGCGACCCCCAUACGCCCCCGUCUAUACGCAAUCACCAUACCGCAGUAUAUCGGGAACACCUACAAAUCUCACUGCCGCCUCUACUUCUGGUUCUGCAAGUGCGUCCACACAUACUCCAGUUAACGCCGCCUCCCCUUCAAGACCGCCAACUUAUCCUUACGCUGGCACAGUAUCCUCAUACCCGUACUUUACCCCAGCGUCAGGUUCGACGUAUCCAACAAGACCAUAUGGUAUCCCGGGGUAUUACAAUGCACAGUCCGCUCAAGAAUGGGCUCGAUCAACGUUUAUCACAACUCCUGGAGUGCAUUCACCAGAAUUACCAAGAGUCCCGCUUUCGACAGACAGGACCCCCGUCACUCCCACACCCCCAAACCCGGCCUCUACUUCUACUUCUGCUCCUGCUCCAACCUCAAAACCAAUGCCCAUCGACCCUACUCUUGAGGAACCACAUGCAUAA